UUUGUGUGAGGAGGAGGCGGAGGAGAAGGAGGGAGGGGGAGAAGGGCCGUGAGGCGGAUGCCGACACCAGAAGGAAGCGGGGCCUACUAGGCUGAGGAGACGCGGCAAGGGAAGUCAAGUGGGCGAGCCAAGGGACCGGCCGGCCUCCCGGCCGGCCCGCCUGUCUGCGAGCGCCGCGCCUCAGUGAGCUUGGCUGUCCGACUGACCGCUGUGGCUUCUUUCCCGUCCGUUCGGCCGCGACUCUUUCUGAGCUGAGAGGAAGGCGGAUGGCGGCAACAUCCGGGGUCCCCGGCGCGGCGGCGGGCGCGGCGGCGGCGGUGGGAGCGGCAUCCGGCGCGGCCCCGGCUCUCUACGCCUGUACCAAGUGCAACCAGCGCUACCCUUUCGAGGAGCUCUCCCAAGGACAGCAGCUCUGCAAGGAAUGUCGGAUUGCGCAUCCUAUUGUAAAAUGUACUUACUGCAGAUCAGAGUUUCAGCAAGAGAGCAAAACAAACACAAUAUGCAAGAAGUGUGCCCAAAAUGUGAAGCAAUUUGGAACGCCAAAACCUUGUCAGUACUGCAACAUAAUUGCAGCUUUUAUUGGCACGAAAUGUCAGCGCUGCACAAACUCUGAAAAGAAGUAUGGACCACCUCAGACAUGUGAACAGUGUAAGCAGCAAUGUGCUUUCGAUCGCAAAGAGGAAGGGAGAAGAAAGGUUGAUGGGAAGCUGUUGUGUUGGCUCUGCACUCUGUCCUACAAGAGAGUACUGCAGAAGACUAAGGAACAAAGGAAGAACUUAGGCUCUUCACAUUCUAAUUCCUCCUCCACAUCUCUUACGGAAAAAGACCAGCAUCAUUUGAAACAUCACCACCAUCACCGCCACCAUCACCACCACCACCGUCACACCAGUGGCCAUCACAAAAUCAGCAGUCUGAGUCCGGAGCAAGAUCAGGGACUGUGGAAACAGAGCCAUAAAUCCUCUGCAGCUAUUCAGAAUGAAACUCCAAAGAAAAAGCCCAAAAUGGAAUCCAAGCCAUCUAAUGGAGAUAGUAGUUCUAUAAAUCAGUCAACAGACAGUGGAGGUACUGACAACUUCGUCCUCAUAAGUCAGUUGAAGGAAGAAGUGAUGUCCCUGAAACGUCUCUUGCAGCAAAGAGAUCAAACGAUUCUGGAAAAAGAUAAAAAGUUGACCGAACUAAAAGCAGAUUUUCAGUAUCAAGAGUCAAACCUGAGAACAAAGAUGAACAGUAUGGAGAGAGCUCACAAGGAAACAGUGGAACAGCUGCAGGCAAAAAACAGAGAGCUACUCAAACAAGUUGCAGCAUUGUCGAAGGGCAAGAAGUUUGAUAAGAGUGGGAGUAUGCUGACAUCUCCAUGAAGAGCUGGCUGUUUGCAUGGGUGUUAAUACUAAAAAGAUAGACUCUGGAAACUCCUUAGUGUGUGUACUAGGAAAAACAAUAUUUUUGCAGACAGAAUAGUUGGCAUGUUUCCUACACCUUUUUGUAACUGAUGUGUGAAACUUUUUAAAAGUUUAAACCAUUUGGAUUAAAAUACUUCAGCCGGCUUGAAGAAAGCUUAAAUAAAACCAUACAGGAGGUGACUUCUUGCCAGUUACUUGAGAUCAGUAAGAGUGCUCUUAUUUUUAACUGCAUCAUGCAAUAACAAAUGCAGCAACUUGAGGGAGAAAUCCACCAAACACUGCUUUGUGAAGAAUCAUUAAUUUAAAUUGGAUCUAUACAAGGCAUCUGGGCAAGAGCAGAACUUGCCUGGGAGCUGGGCAAACAUGCACCAAGAAAAAACUGUCAAAUACCAAUUUAUUUCAGUAGCAACUAAUUUGAGAAGCAGGAGUUUUUGAAUCCCUGGCAACUGUGCUUUAUCUUUCAGUCAAAAUAAGAGUACAUUGAAGUCUAAAAUCAUGGUGCUUUUAUUAUGAGAAACUUAAACCUAUAAAUAUAUGUAAAAGAAUUUUAAUAGUUUUAUUCUUAGUGAUAACUGGUGUUUUGCAUUUCUUGUCAUAGAAAUUUAAAAAGAUUCUCUAUUGUAAGUACCAGAACAAAAUGUGGUUUUUGAAAAUAUACUGUAGACUUUUCUCUUGCAAGUGCCUUUUCAUUCAACCGCUUAUUUAUAGGAAUGUUGGUAUUUUGUAUAUAAGGUUUUUCCUUUUUUUAAAAAAAAUCAUGUUUAAAUGUUCCCAUGUGUUUGUAAGUGUGUGUAUAUAUAAAUGUAUGUACAGAAGAAUCAAAUGCUAAGAUCAAAGUUAGGAUGCUAGAUAAGGUGCUAAGAACUGGCAGGCAAAUUAAUUUUGGCUGUAGAUAACCAUAACAGAUGUGUCUGUGUAGAGAGUAUUUGUCUUAACUCAUGUUGUGCCUAACUUAAUGUUUCUGAGGGGGUUUUUCGGCCACAUGAAACCAUUGGGGUUUUACAACAUUUCCCCUUUUUAAUCUCAGUGCUAACUUGCAUUGUAUUCUCAGUGGUGUAUUCUAAAUUGAAUGAUACGGGAACAGUAUUUGAGCUAAUGUAACCCUACAUAUAUAUAUUUUUAAUAACACUGCAUUGUAACUUAAUGCCUUUUAAAUGCUAUGUUAACAUGCCUUUUUAUUUCUGUACAAUGAGAAAAUAGCAGCCCCACACCAAAAGCUUUACAUUGCUAGAGCAUAGUUCUGUUCUGUGGCAAAUAACCUGGAAGCCAAAAGAGAUGCCAGAAACGCCCUCGAGCACCUUGCACUGAGAAAAAGGCACCAGCUGUAUAACCAUCACUGGAACUUCCACUGGUGACUCAGCCAUGUAGUCUGGUGGUAUCAGCGACAGGUGAAGCCCCUCAUGCAAUAUUGGAAUUCGAUAAGCCCAAAUGGAGCAACGCAUUCCCCAGCAGAAAGCCAUGCAGACAUGCCCUGACAGGGAUGCUUUCAAACUGUUUUAUGGGUCUCCCUGGGUUUUCAUGAAACCUUACCUGUGGCACGCCAGGUUGCCGGAAAGGGAGCCAGUUUGCCCUUCACUGCUGCUUAUGUUCAACUGUAAUGUGUAAGUGUGCUCUGAGUGCACUUGAUUGGUUUAGGAUAGUAGUGAGACCCAUGAUAUCUGGCCAGCAGUGCACCAACCAGCUAUGCCCCAGCCUGGGUACCAGUAACUUGUGUAACACACAAGUUCUGCAGCAGAUGGGUGAGAAAUAUCCUCAGCAAACGCGUUAGUGUAGAAAAUGUACCCUGAGGGGUAAAAGUUUAAGAGGCAGUAGCCUAAAGUAAAUUGUGUGUGUUGUAUUUAAGAAUAAAAGCCAAAUAUUUUUAAAUAUUCCCUUUGGGGAUAUUACAAUUAGAACAGUCAAGGCUUGUUCUAGAAAACAUGGCUUCAUCAGCUUCAAAAUAAAAGUUGAAGUUCCAUAAAAUGGACAUUCAAGGGUGCUCAAAUUACUAUUGUAGGGAUUGUACUUCAGCUAGCAUUUAUUUAAUUUUGGACCUCCAGCUGCCUGAAGAUUGGGAGGAUUUGUUCCCAAGAGACUACUGAAUAAUUGUAAUUUGAAAAGGGAAAAAAGCUGCUUUCUACAAUAUUGAGAUUUUUUUAUUUUUUGUACACUAAGAUGAACUUUGUACAUUUAUAAAUACUUUUUGCUGAUCUUAUGUGAUAACACAGCUAGAAUAGAACAUAUAAUGCUGCUAUCCUGUUGGACUGUUUAGUCAUUGAGAAUUUUUUUUAAAUUAGGGAUUUCCAUUUCAGGAGUAUUUUGAUACUUUUCCAGUUGAAUGGCUACCUGUCACUGGUGGAUUUAUGUUUUUUUAAAAUGAAAAGCUGGUCAAAACUCUUCACAGGAAAAUGAUUCACUUUCUGAUCAAGUCAUUUUCAUUGAAACCUGCUGAUGCUGCAAUAAGAACAAUAAGAAAAGACCCAGCAUUUGGUUUUUAAGUACUGGAGAUUUACAAAUUCUAUUAUGACAGCAUUUACAGAGGUCAUGUUUAGACAUUAAUUUUUGGUUUUAAAUCACUUAUCCUCUCUUUACCUUGGAGUUUUAAAGGCUAGAAACUAGCAAGUGGAAUCCAGGAGUUGUAGAUUAUUUUCACAAUGAACUUGUUUUUUAUGUAGACUUUCAAGGUGACACAUUGUACUAUAAUGUGGAUUUCAGUCAGUUUUCAACUGUUAACUUUGAACAAUAAACUUGAGCUCAAGUAAUUUAUGUAUUUUAAGCCUGUGAAUAUUGUAGUUCCUUCUUUAGUUAGGAGUUUGUGUCCAUUCUGAGGCAAAGCUCUUUAGCUUGCUCUGUGUCUGUGUGUAUUCACACACACGCACACAUACAGACAUAUACACUAUUGGAAUUCUGUAUUAGUACACAUUUGACAGUGGACAUUUUUGUACUUUUUCUAAAUCCAAUUUUCACAAUAAAAGUUUUUUAAAACAACA